UUUGUUUGUUGUCCUUGAAACGCAUAAUAAUGUUAAAGACCAUCGCUUUUCACACUGCAUAAUAAUAAUAAACUCUCACUCACUCACUACUCUGUCUCACAGUCACUCUCUCGCCUCGAACGCUAUCUUCGUAUCCAAACACUCUCCCGAUCUCGAACAAUGGCCAAGCCUCACGGCGGUCACCGUCGCUCUUCCACCCGUACAAAUCUAGCUUCUUGCGCCGUCGCCACCGUCUUCUUACUCUUCCUACUCGCCGUCGUCCUCAUCGUUUACUUCACCGUCUUCAAACCAAAAGACCCCAAGAUCUCCGUCAACGCCGUCCAGCUCCCGUCCUUCGCCGUCUCCAACAACACAGCCAACUUCACCUUCUCUCAGUACGUCGCCAUUAGAAACCCUAACCGCGCCGCGUUCUCUCACUACGACAGCUCCAUUCAGCUCCUUUACUCGGGUAACCAAGUCGGGUUUAUGUUUAUACCCGCCGGUAAAGUUGAGUCUGGGAGGACUCAGUACAUGGCCGCCACUUUCACCGUUCAGUCUUUCCCCAUUUCUCCUCCUCCUCCUUCCUCCUCCGCCAUAGCCACCGUCUCCGCUGCCGUGGUUCCAGAUUCUCCGGUAAUGCCCGGUCCGCCGGAUUUCACUGAAACUCCGGCUUCUCCGAGGAUACCAGAUUCGCCAGAUUUUCCGGGAGAUCCAGAAACGCCGGAUUUUCCAGGGAAUCCAGGUCCUCCGAGGAAGCCCGGUUCUCCGGAUUUCCCCAAAGACCCUGGAACUCCUAUGAUGCCGAGAAAUCCAGGCUCGCCGGAAUUCCCGGGUAAUCCUCCGAUAAAUCCGGGUUCUCCGAUUGCUCCAGGGAACCCCGGGUCGGGUUUACCGCGAAAUAUGGGUCCACCGGGUUUUCCGGGAGUUGGAGCACCUCCGGGGUUUCCAGGGAUCGGAGCGCCGCCGGGAUUUGCAGGAACCGGAGCUCCGCCGGGAUUUCCAGGGAUCGGAGCUCCGCCUGGUACGCCGGUGGGAUUUGGGGGAGUGACGGGGCCGACAGUGGGGGAUGGAUAUGCGAAUCCGGGUUUCGGGUAUGCGAGUCGGGUCGGACCAACGAUGGAGAUAGAGUCGAAGAUGGAGUUAGCGGGUCGGGUCAAAGUAUUGAACGUAUUGACGCAUCACGUGGUUGCUAAAUCUGAUUGUCGGGUCACCGUCUCUAUAGUCGAUGGUUCCGUCUUGGGCUUCCAUUGCUGAUUUAAUUUCUCUAUUAAUUAUCUUUUUGUCCUUUUCUUCACUAAUUUGGGGUAUUUGCUACUUUUUUUAUGUUUGAGAAAAUUAAUUAGAAAUUGUAUAAACGUAAUUUUUGCAUUAAGAAAAAAGAGUUAAGUUUAUAACUUUAUAUUAUGCAAAGAUGGUCUCCUUGUAUGCAAAGAUGUCUGGAUUUCUAUUUUAGUUUAACUAGGUGAUUUCCCCGUGUACAUGCACG